UGAGAUACGCCCCCAACUUAUUCAGUUUUCGAACUACUAACCCAGCAAGAAGGUACUGCUGUAAGGAAUAGAUGGCGUACCGUUUAGCUGCUUGUCUGUUCAUUAUCCUGGCAGCUCUGAGUCAAAGCUCACCUGUUGUUGGGACCUUUCUACAAUGUGAAGACGGAGAGUAUGAGUCUGCAGGAGUGUGUGUAGCCUGUCCUAGUGACUGCUUGGAUAGUGAUGGCAUAGGAUACUGCGAUUCCAAUGGAGUGUGUCAAACUGCUCGUUGUGGUGUGUAUGUCGAGGGGAUGGGUCCGGUUCCAGUUCUGUCUGGAGUGGGGCUCUUCGUCGAGGAUAACGAUGAUUACAGAGACUUCCCCAUGACACGAGCCUCCAUUGAAGUGGUGACCAGAGAUACUAGUGACUUUUCCACUGUCCUGUUGAAUGCCACCUACCUGGCUUUGUACGUACAACAAACCUUCCAAGAUGGAGUGCUCAGUCUAGAGGGACCAGCCAGCAUCAUGGAGUAUCAACUGAUGCUUAGAAGUAUCACAUUUGAUAUUGAAGCAGAUGAACCUGACCUGCAGUCAAGGAGAGUAAUGUUUGAGAUCUACGAUGGUGAUCAGUGGAGUCACCCUGCUACAGUGACUGUUACUGUGGAGCCAGUCAAUGACCAAGUCCCGCAACUGACAGUCAGUACGAGAGGAAACCCAUUCGUUGAGGAAUCCAACGAGGGAGUGUUCCUAUUGUCUACAGUUACACUCAGCGACCGUGACCAUCCUGAGCGAUUCAACUUCACAGGAGUACAUAUCAACGUCACCGGACGGUGUGACUCUGCUAGUGAGAGGAUCAACGUGAGUGUGCCCGGUGGAGUGAGUGUGGUCAGUGAGGGGGCGUGCCUUGUUCUCGAGGGUAGUGCCGACAAUCAGACCUACCGGGACAUCCUACUCUCUGCUAGGUUUGAGAGCAAUGCUAGUGAGGUGGACUCCAGUGACCGACUGAUAGUGUUCACAGUGUUCGAUGGAAUCUUCAGUGCCAGUGAUAGCAUCACUCUGAGCAUAGAGACCAUCAAUGACAAUCCCACCACAGUGAUGAACAGCGUUGGAUCCUACACACUUAUUGAGUCACCCGUCCCUCUCACUGACCCACCCCUCAUGUCCUCCGGCAGUGGGAGUGGUCAACCCAUCAACCUGUUCAGUUCGAGCAACAACUCCGUCACUAUAGGGGGUGGGCUUAUGCUCGGGGAUGCCGACUCUGUCAAUAGCCCCGUGUACGUGGAGGGGUUGAGAGCAGAGAUACUCUAUGGGUCUCCAGUUGAGCAGCUCUUCUUUGGUCUCUCACACCCAAACAUCACUCUGGUUGAGAACACAGGUGUUAGUGUGACGUUAGGAGGUGUAGCUAGUCUGGCGGACUAUCAGACUAUCCUGGAGUCACUCAGUUAUGGUCUGGAGGUUGGACAAGAGCCUCCCUGUCCACUGGAGCGAAGAGUGCAGGUGGCAGUGUACGGCCAGGGACAUGCUUCUCAGAGUUUAGCCUCUCCUCUAGUUGUCGUCAUCACGCCUACCAAUGAUAAUCGGCCAGAGUUGUCCACACCCACUGAUCAGGUGACCUAUACCGAGGAAGCCACCCCCGUCUCCCUGUUGAUAGAUAUUCAGCUGACGGACUUGGACCAGUCAUGUGAUGACAACCGUCUAUUGUACACACUAGUGGUGAUCGAACCAGCGUCCACUGACAUCCUCCAGUUUUCUGAUAGUAUCAGCGUCACUGUGACCUCUGACCCCUGUCCCCCACCCCCUAACAUCACCUCCUCUACUCUGGAGGUGUUCACUUGUCGUGAGGGCAGUCAGUUGUUCAUGGGAGUGAUGGGCCCGGGAACUCUGAUCCAGUAUCAGGACAUACUGCAAGAACUCGUCUAUUCCAACAAUGCUAAAGAACCAGACAAGAACGAGCUCAACAAGAAUGUAUCUGUGUUUGUGAUGGAUGAAGGUGGUCUCCAUAGCGACGUGGCUCUCGUCUCGCUAACCAUACUCCUACUUGACGAUGAACCUCCAGAAAUCACUAACACUAGUUUCAACCAGACCUAUACGGAAGAGGACGGGCCUGUUGAUGUUAUUGAUGAAAGCGUAACUAUUGUGGACAGUGAUAACUGUGUAGAUCACAUGAUGGUUGCUCGACUACGAGUGGAGCUACUGGAUCCAUUAGAGGAGGACACCUUGAUAGCCAACGGUACUAGGGUCAACAGUACACUAGAGUACAGCUGCUCUGAAUCAGGCUGUUACGAGGCGUUUCUAAUGUUACUGCAGUACGAUAACUCCAAUCUUGAACCUAACACAGAGGACAGGGAGAUUACUAUUCAGGCAUAUGAUGCAGCUGAUAAUUCCAAGCCGUUCAUUGUGAUCAUACUGAUCCAAGUCGUCAAUGACAACCCUCCAACUUUGUUCGUGGGGGGAGAGAAUGUUACAGAAUACACUGCAGUGUUCUUGGAGGGGCAAGACUACCUGGGGGGUCCAGUCCUCGUGCCAGUAGCCCUCCUGCGGAUAUUCGAUCCUGACUCAGGAAACAACACUCUAGUGUCAGCAGUUGUGGAGAUUACUGAUGGUGCCCAGCCUUCUGAUAGGAUAAUACUCAGUGCUAAUGGAAGAAAUCUCGCCAAUAAUCUGGGCAUAGCUGUUGUUGAGGAUAACCAGAGCAUCAACGUGUCUGGAGUGGCUGCUCAAUCUAUGUACGCGACAAUUCUUGGACAGGUGAACUUUGUCAACAAUGAAGAUGAACCUGGAGAUCGAUCUGUCUCUAUCAACUUCACUAUUAUGGACGAUGAAUUCGUAGCCAUGGCUACCUCAACUGUACAACUUGUGUCAACCAACGACCCCGUCUUUGUCAGUUUCUACCCAACUAAGAAUCUCACGUAUGACGAGGAAUCUCAACAACCCCUAUCUCUGUUCCAAACCGACACCCUCUCCGACUCUGAUGGUGACACGCUGCAAAAUAUAACCAUUUCAAUCGUCAAUAUAUUCGAUGAAAAUGAUCAGCUAGCAGCUGAAGCAGGUGACUUGGACCUCGAGGUAACUGUUAGUAAUUCCAGUGGUGCUACUCACACUCUGGUAUUGUCUGGUGAUGCAAGCCUUGACGUGUACGAAACUGUGUUGAGGAGCGUAACAUUCAUCAAUACCUUUCCCGGUCUGGAUACCUAUCAGAGAAACAUCACUGUGGUUACGUGCGAUGGAAUGACCGAAUCUCCGCCACAUUACAUUCGGUUGAGUAUUGUGCCCUUUGAUGAUCCAAGCAUCUGCUACUUUAACCAACUGGGCAUGUCGACUAGCGCUUCCACCUUCCAAGAAGAGAGUGCUCCACUUGCAAUUGCUUUGAACUUCUACCUCACAGACUUUGAUUCAUCAGAUGCCAACACUGCAGAUCUUAAUCUCACCGUAACCCUGGUGCACGCUGUGGACGCUGAGUAUGAGGGAUUGUCAUUCUCUGCUGAGGGUACUGGUGUUAUCGUUGAGGAGGUUGCUAGGACGGGGGCACCGGAGUACAGAGUGCAGUAUGUGCUGAGGAAUGCAAGCUCCUAUGAUGAGUAUGAACAGGUUGUUCGCUCGAUGCAAUACUUCAACACUCUCAACGAACCUAACGGUCAAGUUGAACGCACAGUCAACAUAACUCUGGACAACCCGCCCCCUGGUGCCGGCUCCAGUAGGGGUUUCAGGACCUGUGUAGUGGGUGUGUCGGUGCUCGAUCUUCCAGACCCUCCGGUCAUCACCAUCAAUAAUCACACUGUUGUGUUUAUCGAAGAUGGACUCCCUGUGUACGCACUGGACACGCCCCUCUUUGAGAUUUUUGACGAUGAUAACGUGUUCCUGUUUCAAGCCAUGCUCACGCUCAUCAAUGAGCAACCAUCUAAUGUUACAGACCAACUGUUUGCAACCUCGACGGAUCGUUUCGAAGUUAUCGGCAACGGGACAAGACAGAUGUUGAUUCGCGCUAUAGGCCCAUCUCAUUUCACAACUUUCCAAUCUCAGCUGAUUGAGUUCCUACGCACUGUUGGCUACACCACCGACGACCAGGCCCCGUACGUCAGCCGAAACCUCUCGAUAGUUGUGGCCGAGUUUCCCGUCGACGAGGCCCCUAGUGCUCCCUUCUAUCUACCAAUCACAAUCACCCCUGUCAAUGAUAGACCAGUCUACACACAGUCUAGCUCCGCUCUCACCAUGAUAACUAUCGACAAUUAUCUCCCACAAGAGACAAACAGUCCUGGCAUGAAUGCUUCCUUCUUCAUCUCUGACAAUGAAGUGGUGGAUAUCGAUAGAGUUUCACCGAUCUCUGACGACUUUAUUGGAUUGGCCCUCACCAUGGCAAUGGCACCUGCUUACCUCGGGUCAUGGCAUUAUUGGGUUGGUGGAGAAUGGCGUAACGUACGUAGUGAUCUUACCAGUUGUAGUCCCCUCUUCCUGCGCCCGGAGCAGCGAUUGAGAUUCCUCCCCGCCCCCAACGUGGAGAAGAUGAACGGGGACGUUCGUAUAGAGUACCGUGUGUGGGAUGGAAGCUCCGAUAUUGUGGGUGGAGCUUGUGUUAACGACACUCUUCAAGUUACUGGAGAGUCUCCAGUGAGCGCAGAAUAUGCACAGUUCAAUAUUUUGGUUACGUACAUCAACAGAUCUCCGACCAUCGUGUCCGAAGUGUACAAUAUCGAAAAUAUUCUCGAGGACGAUACGAACAGCAAUCCAAUUUCCGUUGAUACAAUUGCUAUAGCAACCGACGAAGACGAUCUUUACCUGGGCUUGAUUGUCGUGAGCUCAGAUCAAAGCAAUGGUGUGUGGGAGUAUCGUCAUAGCGACUCGACUACAUGGUCCCCUUUCCCCACGGAUUUAGUUCUAGCUCUUUACAAUGAUUCAUUUAUUCGCUUUGUGCCCGCUGCAGACUUCUUUGGCAGUAGCUACUUCAGAGCUAGAGCUUGGGACAUGAGCAACAAUGCCUCUAGUGUGCUGUUGGAUUUCAUGGCUCCCGAAUUAUUGCCUCCGUUUUCAAGUCCUUAUUCCAUUGAAAAUGCAACCAUCUCCAUUGAUGUUCUCCCAGUCAAUGAUCCCCCGGUGAUUACACUAGGACAGGCUGCAGUCACGUAUGCUGAGAAUGCUGCUCCAGUGCAAAUAUUCCCCAAUAUAAGUAUAUCUGACAUUGAUAGUACCGCUAUAGUAUCUACUACGGUUCGAUUAGAGUGCUUGGAUUGUGAUGGAGCUGUCUCGGACAAUAUGGACGGACAGGUGUCAUCAGGAAUGUCCGUUAACUCAGGCUCUUCCAACGAUGAGAUUAUAACUCUGCAUGCACCGCCCACUCAUUUCAUAAUACCUAUAUCUUCCGAUAAUUUGAUCACUGAACUACAAAUCAUUCCUUUAUUCGAUUUCUCGAUUGCUUCGCUUGUGGAAUAUAUUCGAACUCUUCAUUUCAUGAAUACUGACAGAGAACCGUCCGGUGCUACAAGAACAAUCAGUAUAUUGGUUGGUGAUGGAAGAGCUGAUUCAGAAACUGUCACUACAGAAAUUUUUAUUGAACUAGUGAAUGAUGAGGUACCUAUUGUAACCUUGGCAGCCGCAACUCUCUCGUACAUUGAAGAUGCCGGCUAUGUGCGUCUCUUCCCCGUGGCACCCACUAUCACUGAUUUAGAUGAUAACUCCGUGUUUCCGAUGCAAGCUGCAUUUGUCGAGUUAGUUGGUGCAAAUUUUGACUUUGAGCAACUAUCGGUAGAUUGCAAUUCUCAGCCGGAACUCACGUGUUCCUAUGACGACAGCCGGCUGACUAUAACGGGCCCUGCCAGUGUAGCUGUGUAUGAACAGAUCUUGGGCAAUGUCACUUACAUCAACAACCAACCGGAACCUAUUAACUCACCAAGAAGUGUCAUGUUAGGUGUGGAAGACGGUUUGUUCUCCAGUACACCAGUGGAAUUGAAUAUUGUUACUGUUCUCAUUAAUGACCAGCUUCCGGUUCUGGAACCAGCAGAGUCUCAAGUUACAUUCCAAGAAGUCAACCCUGUAUCACCUCGCAUUCGUCUGGCACCAAACAUGACUAUAACAGACGCAGACAGUGGCAUGUUCCCAGUACAUUCCGUUGCCGUGGAGCUGAUGGACUCUAGUGAUGACGAGGAUGAAGGACUAACACUCGCUCCGGGUUAUAUCCUGCCACCAUUUGUGACUCUGACGGAUAACUUGUAUGAACUGACCCUUAACCUUGCCGAUGACCCCUAUGACCCCUCCACCAACCGUACACUCACUGGUAUACCACUAACAGUGGUGCAAACCUUCAUCCGUAAUGUCUACUAUUAUAACAAUGCUCCCCAACCCUCGGGUUUGAACAGGACAGUCAUUUUCAGUGUUACGGAUGACUUAACUGCCGGUGGUCUUGAUGAUUCUCUACCAGCUACUGUUGACGUUAUAUUUGCAUUUGUAGAUGAUUUACCAACGAUCGAGUUGAACAAUAUAGUGGUGGUCUACAUUGAAGGACAGGAUGAACAACGAGUGGUACUGGCCCCAAACUCAGAAGUGUUUGACGUUGAUGAUGAUGUGAUUAUCGGUAUGGAAAUCGUCCUAACGGCAAGCAGAGAAGAUAUUGAUAUUUCUCAAGAAUCUAUUUUUGUGGAUCUAACAGGAAGUGGUUCUAUUGUUGAGUCAGAAACUACUAUCAAUAAUUCUCAAAGCAUCACACUGAUCGGUGAAGGAUCUCUGAGGACCUAUACUGACAUAAUACGAUCGCUAUCUUACGAGCAUUCCGUUGUCAUGGGAGACCCUGACCCUGGUAACAGACUAGUGACCGUUACUCCCAUAAGUACAGCUGGUGCAGGAAUAUCUGAUGAGCUGAUAGUCACCUUCAACGCCACCAACAAUGCACCCAUACUGGACCUCAAUGGAGCGUUACCUGAUCGCAAUAAUGAAGUCACCUUUAUCGAGCAAAGAUACCCGGUUUUACUCACCACGUCUGACUUGCAACUAGUAGAUGUGGACAACUCAUUGAUAGCGUAUAUCGACGUCGUUCUCUCUCCCACGCCUGACAAUGACAAUGAGACUUUGUUUGUUGAUAUGUCCGUAUCUCCGGAACUACAAGAGGAAAGAGUAUCACGCUCCACUCUGAGGCUAAUGGGACCUGCAUCGGCACAAAGUUUUGUAGCUGUAUUAGUGACACUUAGCUAUAUCAAUGAAGCUGACGAGCCUAACCCAGACCAACGCACUGUUACCGUGACUGCAAGUGAUGGGGAAUUGCUGACGGAGGCACGUACACUCAUCAACAUACAGCUGGUCAAUGACGCACCUACAGUACUACUUGCCGGACGUACACCAGGAAAUAGGGUGGAGUUUAUUGAAGAGGGUGCUCCAGUAUUUUUGUCCACUGAUCCAACGGUAAUUGACCCUGAUAGUUUUCUGACCGAGUUGAGGAUUGAACCAGUUGUUGAGCUUACUGGAGAUCGCAUCGAGUCGCCUUCUAACUUGCAGUUUAAUUCUGACUUGGGCUACUACUUCGUGAUGUUCACUGGAGCGACUGCUGAUGAAGUUGAGGCAGUUAUUGCAUCCAUCACAUUCAUCAACAACGAGGCAGAACCUUACGCUGGUGAUAGGACCUACUGCUUCACGGUAAUCGAUGAUCAACAACUAGCAAGUCCGUCAGAAUGUGUGAGCAUUGGUUUCACUUUCAUUAACGAUAACGAGCCUGAAUUCAAUGAGGAUAUAUUUAGUGCAUUCGUUUCGGAAAAUAGAGCCAAUUUGUUCGUUUUCAUGCUGACUGCGUUUGACGCUGAUUCUAUCAACACGCCCACAACACUUACGUAUAGCAUCGAGGCAGGUGACGAUUGUCUCCCAUCGUCAAGGGGAUUCUUCUCCUCUGGUUCUGGCUCAGGAAUGUCCGAUCUCUCCACUCCAACGAAUGAGUUGCCAUGCCGAUUUCGUAUCAAUAGUACAACAGGCGAAAUAUUCACCACGGAAACACCACCAGACCGUGAAAUGAAUAACUUGUAUACUCUCGUUGUAUUUGUAACAGAUGGUGAAUUUACUAGUUUCACGCACCUUGAGGUACACAUCACUGAUCUUAAUGAUAACAGACCGUUCUUUGAUCCCGAGUCGUACAGCGUAACCGUCCCACUCGGAGCCCAGGCGGACUUCACUGUUGCUGAACUGAUUGCUAUUGACCCAGACAUUGGAACCAUUUCCUUUAUCCUUUUCUCCAUGGAACCACCAUCGGGUAGAGAUGCAUUUGAUGUAGAUGGUGAAACUGGGCGUGUAUAUUUGACUGUGUCCGCUGACCAACUUGAUACAACUGUUUCACAGUACAUCUUAACCUUUGAAGCUCUUGACCAAGGAUUUCAAUCAUCUACUAACGAAGCUAUCGUGGUUGUCAAUGUGACUCAUAAUAUACUUCCGAUGUUUGAACAAUCUCUCUAUAUUGUGUCUGUUAGUGAGAAUAUUCCCGUAGGAGACGAGAUAGUUGUUGUCACGGCAAUCGAUCCAGAUGAGAACACUAUUUCAUACAGCGUUGAUGACGAACGAUUCGCCGUUCAUAUCGAUACAGGAUCUAUCAGUUUUGUUAGCUCUCCCGAUUUUGAGGCCGAGAGCAGCUUUGAAUUCCAGGUGGUUGCCACUGACUUCCGAGGCGGUACGGACACAGCUGUAGUACGUGUGUCGGUUGAAGAUCAAAAUGAAUUUACCCCCGUGUUUGAUGAGCUACUGUAUAUGGCUACCAUUUGUGAGAGCUCUCCCCUUGGUUCAACCAUUCUAAAAGUACUGGCAACGGAUCAAGACGGUGGUAGCACUGGCAUCAUCUACUAUACCAUCCGAUCUCAAACCAAUUGCAACAAUUGCGUGUCUAUUGAUAAUUCAACUGGUGUUAUUUUUGUAGCCGCUCCUCUUGAUUACGAGGCUCUAACAAGCUUUGUUGUAGAGGUACAAGCCGUAGAUGGAGGUCAAUGGGUCAGUCAGGAAGCUACCGUGGAGAUUGCAAUUCUCAAUGACAAUGAACAUGCUCCAGAAUUUCAAUUUAGUGUUGCUGAAGUUACAAUUGCUGAAAACUACCCAGUUGGCAACCCCCUCCCACUAAUGUCACGAUAUAACCCCCUAGCAACAGAUGAGGACGGCUGCAAUGUUGACCAAUGUGUGGUGGGCGUUGUUACUUGUUCGGGAGACAGUGGGCUCAGCUAUUCCAUUGCCAGUGGCAACGUGGAAGGAGUGUUUAAUAUUGAUGCUUCCUCUGGUGCAAUUUUCCUAACAAGAACUCUGGAUCUAGACGAAGGGGAAGAUGAUGUAUUCACGCUACAGCUGUCUGUCUCAGAUGGAGAGUUUAAUUCUACAGCCACUUUAUCGGUAACUAUCGAAGAUUUCAAUGAUAAUCUACCUCAAUUUGGUGAAGAAGUGUACAGUGUUCAAGUACUCGAGACUACCUCAAUUGGCAGUGAAGUAAUUCAAGUGAAUGCUUCUGAUAAUGACCCCACUUCAAGGAUAACGUAUUCUUUGUCUGGUUCGUCUUCACAAGAUUUUGAGAUCAAUGCUUACACUGGUGUUGUGAGUGUCGCUAGGAUACUGGACUUUGAGAUAGUUUCCGUAUAUGAUUUGAUUGUAGUAGCCACUGAUGGUCAGGAAGCCGUCUCCAACAUGUCUAAUACUGUUGCCGUGACAUUGAGCAUUUUUAUCGAGGACGUAACGGAUGAGCUACCUGUGUUGCUGCCUCCAUUUGAAUUCUUUGUCCUGGAAAACCUACCUCCCGGCCCGGUUGGCAUGGUACUGGCUAGCAACCCUAACUCUGACCCAUCCACUUCCCUGCAAUACUUCGUUGCAUCAGACUUGUUCACCAUUGAUGAGUAUACUGGUACCAUCAGAUCAACUGAGAGCUUUGAUUUUGAGGAACAAAGACAAUAUUCUGUUAGAGUUACUGUGCAAGUGAAUUCCACUCAGACUUUGCAAGUCUCACAAAACUACAGUAUUAAUGUCUUGGAUGCAAACGAUAACUCACCAAUUCCUGCACAAGACAAGUACAACGUUAACGUUUCCGAGUGGGCGGUGGUUGGAUACGAAGUAGUACAAGUGGAGGUCACGGAUGCUGACUCAGCUGAAAACGGGGAGCUUGUAUACUCAAUCGUUAGCGGUAACGAUCUUGGUCACUUUAUAAUUGAUGAGAGCACAGGUGUGAUCACUGUGAGCCAGCUGCUUGAUAGAGAGAUGAUGGAUAUCUACGUUAUCGUUGUUACAAUCUCUGAUGGUGGAACUCCCUCACUCUCUGAGAAUGUGAGUAUAUGCAUUACAAUAUUAGAUGAAGAUGAUAACGCACCAGUAUUCGUACUGCCAUCCUACGAAGCUAGCAUAUUUGAGAAUCCUAGUUUCGGUCUGCAAGUUCUAGAUUUUCCCAUACAAGCAACUGAUGCCGACUUAGGACCAAAUGCAGCUAUCAAUUAUAUAUUUGAACUAACUCCUUUCGAAAAUCCAUUUUCUAUUGACUUGAUAUCUGGUGAUGUAAUUGUGAGUAUACCCGAGGUUGUGGACAGAGAGAUGACUCAGCAGUUUAAUCUUGUAGUGACUGCUUUCAACCCGUACCGCCCAGUCAGCACUAACUCAAGUGUGAGCCUCGCUAUCACCAUCCUGGAUCAGAAUGAUCAAUCUCCCGUCUUCCAACAAGAAGUGUUCACUGUGCAAAUUAACGAGGAUUUCACACCAGUAGAUAGUAUCGUAGAUCUGCCUGAUAUCUUCAGUGGAUCUGGUGAUGUGUUGGGACGCAGGAUCUUCACAAUAUCGGCCGUCGAUGAUGAUGAACCUAAUAAUCCAAAUUCCCAGUUCGAAUUUUCUCUCCUCACACAUACUGAUGUGUUCACCAUCGACCCUCAAAGUGGUGACAUCUACGCUAUUUCUGCACUAGACACAGAACUUGUCAAUUUUUACCGUCUGGAAAUCCGAGCGACUGAUUUAGGGACACCGCCUAACUCAAACAGUGCAGCUGUGGACGUCAGUGUACGGGACAUUAACGAUAAUAGCCCACAGUUUUCUCAGCCUAUGUAUUCUGUGCAGCUGCUAGAAGAUGUGGAGAAUGGUACAGAUGUGCUCCAAGUGAUGGCCUCAGAUGCUGACAUUGGAUCUAAUGCAGCUUUGAGCUUUUCAUUCGUGAAUGCUGAUAAUUUACCGUUUGAAGUAGACCCGAUCACUGGGCAAAUAUCGACUACCAAUGGGUUGGACAGAGAAGUGACAGCUGUGUACACCUUCCAGGUACGUGUGGACGAUGGCGGUCUUCCCUCUCUCUCUGAUACAGCUGGCAUACAAAUCGAGCUAGUGGAUGUUAAUGACAACCCACCGAUCGUCUCACCGACAGCUAUUAGUAUCACUCUACCUGAAAACCUUCCAGCUGGCCCACUGAAUGUAUCCUUCUCUGUGAGGGAUGCGGAUAUUGGCCUCAAUGCUCAGUCAACCAUAUCCCUGUCCGGCCAAUCAUCAAGCUUUGGUAUCGACCAAAACGGAGUACUGCAAGUCACAGGGCUGUUGGACUUCGAAGCCAUGCCACAAUGGACGUUUAAUGUGAUUGUACGCAACUCUGAAUCUCCUUUCUACACUGCCACUGCUCAAGUUGAUGUACAACUCAUAAACUUGAACGACAACCCACCCAUUGUAAAUUUUGGAGAGCCUCAGCUGGAAUACUUUGAGCGUACGAAACAGCUGGCAUUGAAUGUGGAUGCAUCCAUUUCAGACGCUGAUGGAAUCGACGAGACUACUCUUGUUGAUGGCAUCGUGGAGCUAGUAGGAUUGGACCCAAGGGAACCCAGCGCUCCAUUCACACCGAAUACGAAUGUCUCUCCAAUAGAUUGUCUGCAAGAGAGUAACAAAAGAGAAAAGUUCCGCGCCUGUGGAAUGCCAAUUGACAGUGAUCAUUUUUUCACAAUGCCUAAUCAAGACGACACUAUUGUAUUUACUGGUGAUCAGUAUUUCGAUUCAUCCAUCAGCUCUUCAUUUGUUGAUACUGGUAUGACGAUAUCUACGUGGGUAUGGGUGGAGCCGAUUGCCUCUACCAUGACAAUUAUCUCCAAAUCAUCUGCUAGACGAUUUUAUUCUGUGUAUUGCACAAGCGAUUUUUCACUUGGAUUCCAAUAUACUGACUUAAGCAAUACAGAGCAAAAUAUUGUUUUUGACAAUGGUUGCGCCAUGCUACAAAACGAGUGGCACCAUUUAGCGGUAGUGGUAGAUAAUGAACAGAAUGUUGUGAGUGUGUAUAUUGAUGCUGCAUUGAUUGGUACUCAGUCCAUCAGUCAAGCUCAAGAUUCUGCUGGUAAUGUAUUUGUGGGCGCAAGACCAGCUGGGAGCGUUAAUACCCCGAGGCAAGAUUACUUCAAUGGUCGACUGCAUUUGACAGCCAUCAGUAACACGAUUGCCGACCAAAACAACAUCAAUUGUUUGAUUGGGUGUGGCUCUGCUCUCAUUUCCUCAUUGACUAGCAGUCCACUGGAGUUCACUUACGACUAUAACCGAAGAGCUCUUAUAAUAGUUGGUCGCCAGAGUACAUUUGUGUACGAUGAACUAUUGAACUCUCUCGUUCUUGUGCUGCCGCUCAUAGAGCCAGUCUCGAGCUCCUUCUCCGUGUCCUACACCGUACAGGACGAUUAUUUCAACUGUUUGCCCAAUUUUAUCGAUAUUAUACUUCACCCAAUUAACGACUUUGUGCCAGAGAUAACAGUGAACGGAGAAUCACUGAACUUCACUACGAUAUUCAUUGAAGAACUAGGACCUGUAUCAGCUGUUAAUACAACCUCACUAGCUCUUACUGAUCGAGACUUAGUGGCUUUCCCCUACAAAGUCACAGUUACCAUUGACAACCCACAGCCCAGUAAUUCUAACGAGGUGCUGGCUGUUAGCAAUGUCCCUAGUGGAAUGAAUGUAACUUAUGAGAACUAUAUUCUCACUCUUUGCGGAGAACUGCCCCUACCAAUGUACGAGUCUGUAUUGAGAACCAUCACCUAUGACAACCGUGAAGAUGAACCGUUGGGUUCCUAUAGGCAACUGAGGUUUGCGCUUCUUGACCAACCUUGGGACGAGGUAGUGGUUUAUAGUCGUAUUGAUAUUGUGCUCGUUAACGACCUUCCAGUGUUGAACAUUACCUAUGGCAACAACGAAUAUAGCGAGGGCGAUGGAGUUGUGUCUGUAUUAGCCUCGGCACAGAUUACUGACAGUGAUAACACCACACUUGUAUCUGCAAUAAUAACUCUAACUGCAUUGGAUGGACAAUUGGAGGUUAUCACUGUAAGCACUGCAGGCACACAGGUUUAUGCUCAGUACAAUAGCUCAACCACGACCAUCAGCCUAACAGGCGAAGACACGAUAGCUAACUACUCGAGAGUGAUCGAAACUCUGAGUUACGAGCACAAGUCUGACGGAGACACAACAGGAGGUACCAGGGUAAUCACCAUCGCUGUUUUCGAUGGUCUCAAUAGCAGUCACCCAGUGGACGCGUUUAUAUUCUUCUCAGAAGUUAAUGAUGCUCCUGUUAUCGACUUGAACGGUCCUGCAGCUGGUUCUAAUUACGAGACAGUAUUUGAAGAAGGGUCCGGGUUAAUUAAUAUAUCAGACCAAGCUACACUGAUUGAUGUCGACAAUACCGUACUUGUGAAUCUCACUAUAACGCUGUCACAGAUUCAAGACGGGGUCCAGGAGAGGAUUGUUAUCAUCACUCCCUCAGGCGAUGAGUUGUUAGGACAACAGAUAGUGUACCCCCUGUUGGGUGGAGCUAGUGCAGUUGACUUGCAGGCUGUACUACGCAGCUCACAGUAUGUGAAUGAAGCUGAAGAGCCCACAGCAGGAGAUCGAGUGAUAGAGUUCACAGCAUCUGAUGGAGAAGCUACCAGUGCUCCUGUGUUCACCACCCUCACAGUGCAGACUGUUAACGAUCGUCCCAUUCUGGAUAUCGAUACUCUAAACCCUGCCCCUGGAUAUCAGACGUCUUUCACGGAGGGUGGUCAACCUGUAUACAUCACCUCUCGUAAUGUUGCUAUCACUGAUAAUGAUGACGGUGCAGUUGUUACUAAUGUUCUGGUUGUUAUAAAUAAUGCAUUUGAUUUGCUGAGUGAGCGUAUAGAAUCGACAGACCCUAACGUCAGUAUCACUCAAAUGACUGUUGGUCAAUCUCGGACUUUCACCAUCACUCCUGAAGAUCCUAGCCUUGAUAGUGUUGCCCAGUUACUGGCUACGCUAGUGUACAGCAACGCACUGAGCGAACCAAUGGGAGGCUUGAGGAGCAUUUCCAUAUCCGUAUCUGAUGGCACCCAGUACAGCAACGUUGAGAUGGUAACCGUUGACAUUGUGCUGAUUAACGAACAUUCACCGCAGUUUUCACAAGAUGCCUAUUCAGGGUCUGUACUAGAGGAGCAAGCAGCUGGUACUUCUGUUCUGACAGUGUUUGCUCAAGAUAUGGACAGUGGAAGUGACGGAGAGGUAUCUUACGAGAUCAUUGCUGCCGAUCCAAUUGAAGGUUUGAAUCGCUUUGAGGUCAAUAGUUCAGGGGUGGUGCUCACGACUGUAGCAUUGGAUAGAGAGGGCAUCGAUUCUUACACUCUCAGUAUAAGGGCCUCAGAUAGCGCUAGCGAGCCAAGAGAGGAUUUUGCAAUGCUCCACAUUACUAUUCUGGAUAUAAACGAUCAGACUCCUCAAUUUGCAGAAGAUACUCUUUUCAAUUUGUUAGUGAUUGAGUCUAGAGAACCUGGCUUUGUGAUCUACACACUCGAUGCUAUUGAUGGUGAUCUUGGAACUAAUGCUUUUGUUUCGUACGAACUUAUUAGUUCAGAGGAUUUAUUUGACGUUCGUCCAAAUGGAGAGAUUUUCGUGAUUGGUUCAUUGGACGCUGAAGUUGCAGUCCCUGUAUACUCCAUCACAGUGCGAGUGUCUGACAACGGAGUGGGGUCAUUGAGUAGCGAGGCUGUCUUCACCAUUACAGUGACUGAUAGUAAUGAUAAUACACCACAACUCGCUCCAACCUACUCCGGGACAAUUGUUGAGAACACGGACCCACAAGUCAUUGUCACGGUAACAGCGGUAGAUGCAGACUCUGGCAUGAACGGAGAAGUAACUUAUUCUUUUGCUGAGCAGAACAGCUAUUUCUCUAUCGAUCCAGUUAACGGGGAAAUUUCCAAUUCAGUUCAACUUGACAGGGAAGAAAGAGAGAGCUACACAUUCACAGUUCUUGCAGUGGAUGGAGGGUCGCCACGGAGAUCCGCUAAUGCCACGGUAACUAUCACAGUCUCAGACGUGAAUGACAAUCCAGCCGUUUUCUCAAUGGCCGAGUACAACGCAGACGUAGUGGAAAAUGCAGCAGCUGGUACUUCGGUAUUGACAGUGCAAGCAACAGACCGAGAUAUCGGUACUAAUGGAGAAUUUGAGUUCUCCCUUCUCCCUGUUGUUAAUCCAUUAUUCUCAAGCAAUCCAUUCAUCAUUGAUCCGAUCACCGGUGAGAUAUCUGUGAACGAGCCUGUGGAUUUUGAGCUGCAACCGACCAUUAAUCUGACUGUCAUAGCGAUUGAUUCUGGAGCCACACCUCUAAUUAGCAACGCAACAAUUAUACUGACAGUAAUCGAUGAGAACGAUAAUUCGCCGAUCUUCUCUCAGACACUCUACCAGGCCGGUGUGCUGGAGAACGAGGCUGGUGCUACCGUGACUACAGUGUCUGCUGAUGAUGCUGAUUCUAAUCAGAAUGGUGAGGUAACAUACUCGCUCUUAAACUGGGAGGAUGUGUUUGCCGUAAACCCACAGAGCGGAGAAAUCUCGACUCUGAUUGGCUUAGACUUUGAAGCCACCUGUUUCUAUCGACUACUCGUUUUAGCGCAAGACAAUGGACCUGUUAGAAGAAAUGCAACAGCUCUAGUGGAUAUUUUGGUUACAGCUGUCAAUGAUAUUGCCCCAGUAUUCAACACGCCCACCUAUUCUCGUUCUAUCAGUGAGAACAUGCUUCCAGGAACCACAGUCGCACAAGUAUCCGCUACUGACGGAGACCAAACCAUUUGCUCUGAUGCGGAUAUCUCUCCCUCUGAUAUACCAGUGUUCUCUGGGUUUGGACCAGAGCUAGGCAGCGGCAUGGAAGUUGAUGUCGCUCUGACGUAUACUCUUCUCUCCCAUAACGAUGUCUUCACCAUCAACAGCGAAAGUGGACUGAUUUCUGCACUAGUAACUCUAGAUCGCGAGGAGACGGCACAGUACAGUUUGAGCGUAUCAGUGGCAGACGAGGGUGGGCUGACUUCCAGUGCCAUAGUAACCAUUUCUGUUUUGGACCAGAAUGAUAAUUCACCAGCGUUUAUACAAUCCAGCUAUACGGCAAUGGUAUCGGAAAAUGCUGAAGCUGGCACUAUGGUUGUGCAAGUGCAAGCCUCAGAUCCUGAUUUCAUUGAUCAAGGACGACUAGUGUACAGCUUAUCUGAGCCAAGCGACUUGUUUGCUAUCAAUAAUCGCACUGGUGUGAUAACUGUGUCCGGUGCUAUUGAUUUUGAUGGUCUUAUCGGUACCACAUUGAGAAUAAUCGCCAUUGUUCAAGACACAGACUCGAGAGAAGCUGCAGCAAUUGUGGACAUUACGAUUAGUGACAGAAAUGACAUACCCCCGUCUAUUGACACACCCCCACAAACUCUGACCUUUACGGAAAGUCAAGUUCGACUCUUCCCCUUCCCGGAAAUAAUGAUCACAGAUUCAGACAGUUUCAUGCAGCUCUGCCGAGCCAUGAUAACACUCUCUAGUCCGGAGAACUUGAACAGUGCUAGCGGAGAUUGUGUGUGCACUGAUGCAUCUGAUAGCUCGACUUGUAUUAGUGGGUGCGUUGAGUUCAUACAACUGUCACCAGGUGCAUUCACAGGCAACGUCACACAGUCCAGCAACGGAGAAAUGCUCACAUUAGAUGGAAUGCUAUCAAUUGAUGAAUAUUCAGAAGCUAUUGUACAAAUUGAGUAUAUCAAUAUAAUAUCUAAUCCUCUACCAUCUACAAGAACCAUCACGCUAUCGGUCUUCGAUUGUCUGUUGCCUAGUGAUAAUCUCACCCAGACAAUCAUCAUACAGCCGCUGAACAUCAUCCCUCCAGUGGUGGACCUCAAUGGAGCUGAAGAAGGACUAAACUUUGUCACUGCCUUUACAGAGAGGGGACCAUCAGUAGCCAUUGCAUCUCUAAACGCUACAAUAACUGAUGAAGACAUGUUCACUGAAGUGAAGGAGCUAACUGGCCUCGAUGUGUGGAUUAGAAACCCUCAGGAUAGCUUCUUUGAAUCUCUUGAGUACUCUCCCUUCUCACACCCCGCCAUUACCGUUACCAGAAGGUCUCCUCAUUCCCUCUCCUUCAAUGGGGUCGGUUUGUUGAGUGAUUAUACUGCUAUCCUGGUCGGCAUUACAUAUGGCAAUAGGCUUGGCGAGCCCACGGCUGUUGCUAGGGUUAUUAGUGUACAAGGGCACGAGAACCACUUCUCUAGCCAAGUAACCAACACUACGGUGGAGUUUGUCACAUUCAACGACCACCCUCCUGUCGUGAUCUCCUCCCCUCCGUAUGAAAACAGCGUGGUGACCCAUCGUGAAGGCGGCAGCACGGCCAUUACUGCCUCUGAUGCUUUUAUCUCUGAUCUCGACUCUGUAGCCGACGAUCUGAUGGAGCUGGAAGUAUUCAUUUUAACACCUCGUCAGUUCGACAGGCUCUACUUGGACAGUUCAGUUGUCAUUCCAAGUGCAAUUACAAUGGACCAAAUUUCCAGCACCUCUGUAAUUUUCCGUGGAGCCUCCUCAACUGAAGACUACUCUAUUAUCUUGAGAGGCCUACGUUAUCAGUACACUGAUGAAGAGUUUGAUAACGUUUUUCCACCUCGCUAUAUUUAUAUGCAAGUUGCUGAUCUCAUGUUCAGUAGUUUUGCAUUUGUACAGUUGGAAUUUGAGCCUGUAAACGAUUUGCAACCCGUUUUUACGUCUGACAACUACGACGGUUUGGUACCUGAGAACGCUACAGCUGGUUAUAGUAUUCUGCAAGUUACUGCAACCGAUGGCGAUCGUUUCAGCUCACCUGACAUUGUGUACUCUAUUAUAGCAGGAAAUGAAGAUGGAUAUUUUAGAAUCUCAAGAAUUGACGGCACUAUUUAUCUCAAUCAAUCUGUUGAUUUUGAGACUAUCCCAUUCCACAGGCUAACAUUGGAAGUGGAGGAUUUGAACUACGCUGUCAAUUCUGCAGCUGUUCUUAAUACUACGUUUGUGGAUAUUAUUGUUGUGGAUGUUAACGAGCAUGUACCCGUGUUCACUAUGACUGAAUACAAUAUUUCAGUUGCCGAGGGGGUACCUAUAGGGACUACAGUACUACGAGUAGAUGCCACAGACCGUGACAGCGAACCUCACUCACAGCUGCAGUUUGAACUAACGGGAACGCCAGACUUCCAAGUUGACACACAAACUGGAAUAAUAUCCACAGCUGCUGAGAUUGAUAGACUGGUUACUGCUCAAUACGUAUUCUUCGUAACUGUUAGAAACCCGGGCGUACUUCCGUUUGACGUCGCCAGAGUAACAGUGUUUGUGCUCGAUCUUGACAAUAAUCGCCCCAUCAUCACGCUUAACCCACCAUCAGAAAUUCUGAGAGAACCUGAGACUACAAUAGCUCUAGCACCGCAGCUCCGAAUCACAGAUCCGGAUCUAGAUCCCUCGCUUGAUUUUGCUCUGGUUUCGUUGUCCUCUAGGGAUAAUAAUACCAAUGCCCCAGGGAAACUCUUAUCUACUGUAUACGUCGAGGGGAUUGCAGUAUCUGGUAAUGGUACUAGAAGGCUAGAGUUCACCGGGGAAAGUCGUUCCCUACCGGACUACGCACAGAUACUGAGGGGUGUGGUCUAUCAAGACACAGCUGACGAACCUCUGAAUAUGAGCAGAAUCAUUGUUUAUCAAGUUGGAUCUAAUGCACCCGAAGGAACGCUGGAGUUCCAACAGCCUCCUAACGAGAUGACUUCUGAGAUAGUAGGCGUGGUGAUAUUUGUGGAGUUACUCAAUGACAACGUUCCCAUGCUCGUGUUGGACAGUAGAAACCAGGAGGACGUUAGUCCUGUCCACCUCGGUUGCCAAGGAGCGUUCGGGUCAUACUCUACUGACUACGUGGAGGACGAUGGUCCAGUUACUCUAUCACACGCCUCCCUUACCAUCACCGACGGAGACAGCGGAGAGAACAGGAUAUUCACGGCUUUUGUUGAGAUAUUGAACCCGCAAGAUGGCCCUUCUGAGAGAUUGGUACUUCAAGUAUCACCAGAGCUCACCCUCCGUGGUCACCGCUUGUACAUACCAGGCCCCACCUCCAUCCAGGAGUUUGAAACUCUCCUCAGGAAUGUCAGGUAUGAGCAUGAUGCACAGAGCUUCCCUGUAACCAAUGACGAGCGUCAAGUUUCAUUUAUUGUCAAUGAUGGCUUCUUCAACUCCACGGCUGCUAUUGCUUGCAUCCGAUUGGUGGAUGCCAACGACAGCCCCGCCCUCAUUCUGGGAGAGGAGGGUGCUGUUGAUGUCAUGGUAUUGUAUUCUGAAGGACAGGCGGAGCCUCUGUUACUGGCCCCUGACCUUACAAUUACUGAUGUUGACACGGAUCUGAUGUCUUCGGCAGUGGUGGUGCUCCCCGUGUUGCCAGGGGUUACUGAGUUUGAGACUCUAGUAGUGCUCAAUCCACUGGACUUUACAGUUAGCAACGUCUCCGCUGGACAGCUGGUUCUACAGGCUCCUAAUCUCAUGGCAACAAUCAGUGACUUCGAGACAGUCCUCAGAAGUGUUGCUUACUCGACAACCAGGGCUCUGAGACCGUCCGAUGCUCCAAGAAUGGCGACGUUUGUAGUUGCUGAUCAGCUAGGCGGCCAAAGCAACCCUGCCACAGUAACCAUCAAUUUCAACACCAUUGACAACCCUCCUGUCCUCGAUCUCAAUGGCCCCACUUCUCCUGGAAACAACUUCACCACUUCCUACACCGAGGGAGGUGUCCCUGUGCCAGUGACAGCUGAUAGUCUCCGCAUCACAGACGUGGACACACCCACUGUCAGUGCACUAGUGAUCAUUCUACAUGAUCCCACAAUUGGAGACGAAUAUAACUUCACCACAGUUUCCGGUCUCAGUCGAUCUCAACAAAUGAACGACACUGCACGUGUCAUCACCUAUAGUGGACAACAGGAUAGAGCUGUGUACGAGGAUUUACUCCGAUCUGUUCAAUUCUUCAAUAAUCUCAACGAACCACAACCAGGACUUCGCCGAGUCAGCGUACAGGUGUUCACACCGUCUGAUGUGAUUGGAGGCUCCCUGUCCAGUAAUGUUGCUAAUAUAAACAUCCAGGUCCACCCACUUAACGAUAACGCUCCUCAGUUUAGCCAGGACUUGUACAAUGAUGGUGUAGUCGAGAACUUGCCCUCAGGCACUUCUUUAGAUGUCGUUGUGUCUGCUAGCGAUGCAGAUAUCUAUGGAGAGACGAUGAUAACUUAUUUCAUUGAUGGUAUAAACCCGUUUGUAACCAUUCACCCGAGUACUGGUGUCAUGACAACCCUACAACCACUCGAUGCCGAGGAUGGACUUAUAUUUGCUAUAGUAGGUGCCACAGACAAUGACAACACUCCCAGUCCUCGGACCUCACUUGCUCUUGUCACUAUACAAGUCUUGGAUGAGAACGAUCAAGUUCCAACUUUUGAUAGGAGGGAUUAUAUUGUGACGAUACCUGAAGAUCAACCAAUCGGAAGUGUGGUUUUGUCGGUAUCUGCUAACGACACCGAUGUAUUACCUGAGAAUUCUAUGAUCUCAUUUCAAAUUCAGAUUCCUGAAAUACCAAGUUCCGGUUCUGGACUGGAACCAUCUAUUACACCGAUUGAGAACCUACCAUUUGAUAUCAAGACUGCCACAGGAAACAUUUCACUAACGUCAAUUCUAGAUGCUGAACUUACAACUCUAUACAGUUUUGAAGUUAUCGCCAUUGAUUCCGGUACACCCGCUCUAACUGGUACUGCUAGUGUCGUCAUAAAUGUGGAAAAUCGAAAUGACAACCCACCCCAAUUUUCCGCUGUCAACUACACCGUGUCUCUUCCUGAGGAUACCCCAACAUUCUCUAUGAUAUUGUUAGUCUCAGCAACUGAUGCUGAUAUUGGAAACAGUGGUCUGGUAUACUCUCUGCUUGAUACAGAACAUUUUUCUGUCAACGCAUCCUCCGGUGUCGUCUCUCUGAUAUUGCCGCUAGAUUUUGAAACGCAGCAGAGGUACAACUUCACCGUGAUAGCCACUGACCGAGGAGUGCCUCCGUUGAGCAGCCGAGCUGAUGUGGUAAUCUCAGUAACUGGAAUUAAUGACAACUCACCGCAGUUUACUCCUGGGUCCUACUCUUUCGAAGUACAAGAGAACUCGGAGUUUGAAGGGCAGGUGUUUGCACAAGAUGGUGAUGGAGAUGCAAUAACUUUUAACCUUGAAGACGAUGCUUUUGAGAUUGAUGGCUCCACUAUCCGAAACAAAGAGGGUGUGGUUUUAGACUUUGAGGGUGUGAAAUGGUAUUCUUUGACCGUGUUUGCAACUGAUGGUCAACUUACAUCAUCGGCUAAUGUCACAAUCUCUAUUCUCGACCAAAACGAUCAACCACCAGUUUUUGCACAAGAUGUACUUACAGUAGAGAUUCUGGAAUCGAGAAACAUUGGAUUCAUAGUUGCCAUUGUCAACGCUGUGGACAACGAUACUGGCUCAAACGCUGAGAUACGGUACAGCAUAACAGCUGGAAACAAUGAUGGAGUAUUUGCAAUUGGAGCAAGCUCUGGCGUAAUCUCACUCGAAAGAAGCCUUGACUUCGACACUAUCCCUAACACUGAUCAGUUCACUUUGACAGUCAUGGCAACUAACACAGCACCCCCUGCUUUGUCCGAUACAACUACCGUACAAAUAUCUAUUGUGGAUCAAAACGACCUUUCUCCUGUGCUUAGUAUUGGCGUAUCUAAUGUUGCGUUUGUUGAGAAUUCUCCCCCUGUUCUAUUUGCCUCAGGCAUUGCCGUCAUGGAUGCUGACAGUGCCACGCAUCAGUUGACUCAGUGCGAGGCUGUAAUAUCGAACAGCCCUUGUAUUAUGGAUAAUUGUAAUGAGGAUAUCAGUAUUGAUGUAUCUCUAGCCCUCAGUAGUAGUCUAUUAGUGCUCGUCGGUAAUGACUCCAUUGAACUGUCGGGAGGUGCUAGCGAGGACGUAUACAUGGAGGUCCUCUCAACACUAACAUACGGUAACACUGAUGCUGAACCUAUCCCUGGCCCUAGGGUGGUAGAGAUUGUGUGUGCAGACGAACAAUUCUUCAGUAACACUCUAAAUAUCACAAUAACUGUUGAGUUAGUGAACGAAUUCUGCCCUACACUGACUGCUUCCAUGACAACCCUAUCAUACACUGAAGGAGAGGGUGAGCUGUUGCUAGGACUACAAGCUGGAUUAUCACUCACUGAUAAUGAUCGCUAUCCUCACAAUACGCUUGAAGGGCUUCAAAUCACUCUCGGUAAUCGAAUGGACUCUAACUUUGAAACAAUCUCUGUUACAGCCUCUCCCAGCCUCACAGUAACCCCUAGUGAUGCCGGCUCUGGUGAUAGCUCGCUGUUUGAAGGAGACGAUCAAACCAUCACACUAAGUGGUCCAGCUACCAUCCAAGACUUCAUCGCAGCUCUACAAUCGCUCUCUUAUCAAAAUAGCCAAUCUGAGCCGACUCUUGGAACGAGAACAAUAUCGCUACUCCCAAUGGAUGCUACUCGUAGCUGUAUCCCUCUUGAGCUAACUCUGACCAUUACUCCAGUGAACGACAACCCACCUGACAUUACGCUGACGCUAUCCAAUGCCGUGUCAUACCUCGAAGGAAGUGGACGACUCUACUUCGCUGAGGAGGCUGGCCUGGUUAUCUCUGAUCCUGAUCACAACAACUUGUUCCUGAUGCAGGCGGCUAGUGCUGUCCUGAAUGGAGUAUUGGAUAAUGGAAUGGAAGUAUUGGAAUUCAAUGAUAGCUCAUUUCCGGGUGGAGUCGAUGUCACCACUGAUGGCACUACCGUACAGUUCAUUGGAUCAGCCAAUACUUCCGCGUACCAAGACCUCCUACGCAGCUUGACCUACACUAACCUAGCAGCAGAGCCAUUGCCUGGCAACCGUACCAUAACCAUCUCCGUAUUCGAUGGACUUCAAGAGGACAUGACAGCAGUAAUUGUGAUCGUUGUCCCCAGUAACGAUAAUCUGAUCAGUAUCGAAGUGGUGAUGCCUAUGGUACAAUAUACGGAGGGUGAUUUGAGCAUACGCGUGGGAGACCUGAGUGGACUGACACUAUCUGACGGAGAUCUGGAUGCUGUUGUCACGACGAUGAGCUUUACCCUCUCCGGAAUAUCAGACAGUGAGAGUGAGUUCUUGGUAGUCGACACAGCAGCUAUUGGAGGGAAUGGACUCGUGAAUGGAGUGAGUAUCCUCCUGGAUCAGACGAGUUCCCUUAGCAACUAUCAGACUGUUGUUAGUUCCCUACGCUACACGUACACUGCUACUGUGGAGGAGAUACCCGGAGUACGUCAGGUGACCAUCACAGCCUCUGACGGAGACUUCACGGCCAGCGUGGUUGCCAUGGUGCAGGUGGUGAUACUCAACAACAACCCACCAGUUAUUAGUCUGGAGGGACCGGUCAGUGCUGUGUUUGUGGAGGGCUCAACACUGCCUCUGCCUAUAGGCUCCAUCUUCAAUCCUACGAUAAUGGACCUGGACAACAACGAUACAUUCCUCAUGCAGUCCGCCACUAUUGCCUUGACAACGCCCCCUGAUGGAUCCAGCGAGAUGCUAGACCUUCAGAGUGGAGUCAUGGCAAUCCUGCAGCAGCAGUACAACGUCACAGUCAGUGGUGCUCCUGGCCACACCCUCACACUGAACGGAGGUGCGAGCAUUAGCGUGUACCAACAAGCCCUCUCCGCUGUAACCUAUGGCAACCUAGCGGACGAACCAACCGAUGAUGUCAUUAGAGAGGUGGUAUUCUCUGUGUACGAUGGAGUGCAGAACAGCAAUGAGGUCAUAGGUCAAAUCAACAUCACUCUUGUCGAUGACCAGCCUCUCGUACUCAUGUGCGGCAUUGGCAUGGCAACAUUCACCGAGGGAUCGACUCUCCCCGUUGAACUUUCACCGUCUCUCAAUUUGAUGGAUGAUGAUGAGGAUCAUGUGAUUUUAUCGGCUAAUAUUGCCAUUAGUAACCAACAAGCGGGAGAUAGUAUCCAGGUUGCAUCAAGCUUGGCUGACUCUCUUGAGGUCAUUAGCAAUGGACAAGAAAUCUUUAUCAGUGGCGAUGGAUCUGCUGCUCAGUACGAGACUCUAUUGAGAACCCUCUCCUACGUAAGCACAACUGAUGAGCCAUCACCCAUUACUCGUGUCCUCACUGUCACUGUCAGCAGUGACACUGAUACUCAAUCAUGCCCCAUCACGAUCACUCUGUCUCUAAUCAACGACAACACUCCCGUAGUAGACCUGAGUGGCUCUAACUCGCCAUCGCAAAAUCAUUCCAUCUCUUUGACCUACAAUUUCUUCCGAGGUUCUGGUCAGGCAAUUGCAACUAGAAAUGCUACGAUAACGGAUAUGGAUGUUGAUGGACGAGUGGCGUCUCUGAGAGUAGCACUGGAGGGGGGCAGAAGUGGGGACAGAGUGAUCUUCCACAAUAACAGGUGUCCAAUGAACGAGGAGCCACUCUGUCGGCUAUCUAUGAAUGAGUGUGAGUGUGGUCCUGAUGUUGCACAGACUCUGACAACUGGUCAGGUGCUCUUCACUCGCUCUCAGUCCUACCUCGAGUUCACCAGUCAAGAUAUGAGCGUGGAUCGUGCAAUUUUCGAGUUCCUACUGCGACAGGUGGAGUUUGUACAUGACACAACACGACCAUCGACCAAUCAAUACUCAGCUUUAGUUCGUGUGAGCGUCUCCGAUGGAGUUUUCACUAGUGUCGACUCUUUUACUCACGUCACCGUUACCGUUGACAACCAGCCGCCUCGUCUGACAAUCAACGGACAAGAUACGCAAACUCUCACUCUUCUUGACGGAAUGGACAUCUACGAUUUUGUACCGAGGGGUGUUGUGCAAAUCCUCGAAGACAGCAACACAAUUUCAAGCAUCUCAAUUGAGCUCACCAAUCCUCAGCAUUCGGAGGAAAGACUGCUCUUAAAUACUGUGAGUCUACCCGACACUAUAUCUGGCUCUGUAUCUGAGGAUGGGCUAACAAUCACACUGACUGGUCCGGCCUCACCGAUGGAGUUUGCUCAAGUUUUGCUGGACAAUGGUGGUCGCCCUAACCCAUUGCUGCAGUAUAACUACCCUCCUCUCAGCAGCAUACUGCAGGGAGAUGUACCUGACUUUACUCAGAGGGUGAUACUGAUGGUGGCCACAGAUGGCGAAGGUUUGUCCGGACCUCCUCACACAAGCUUAUUAGAGUUUGACCGAACAUGCUCUGUAUGGCGUAACCAAGGCGGCAACAUGGGCAGGGUACUGCAUGUGCCUAGAGACCUCCCUGACUACGCACGACUAGGUCUGUGCACGUCCGUGGAGAUAGAGAGACUAGAGAUUAUGGAGAGUGAUGAUAUCACCAGUCUGGACUUCAUGCAAAACAUCACUUCUGUACGAGACCUGAUCCUCGGAGGGUUGGGCAUCACCAACCUCACUGGACUGGAAAAUCUCGGACGAUUUGACGAGCUCUCAAUUGUGAAUAAUAUGUACCUCACCACUCUGCGUACUCUGGGGGAGAACUUGCCCCCAGGCCAUCGCUCCACCAUCAACAAUCUGGGACUACGAGACAACCCGCUACUGGUGGACGUGGACGGUCUUUGGUUUAUUGAGCAAGUCAAUGGUCUCCUGUCUCUUCAGAGCAGUGUCAGUCUGGCUGACUUCUCUGGCUUCGGUAACAUCCAAGCCAUAGGUACACUUGUCAUUGCAUUCCUAGGCAACAACAUGGCGGACCUAGACGGUUUCAACGCUCUACACCAAGCCUCCAUGAUCAUACUCACCAGAAACUUAGGUCUGCAAAGCGUGAGUGGUUUCCGUGGGUUACGCACAGUGGGCAUGCUCCAAAUCUCGCACAACCCUGAUCUCGUUAGUAUCGAUGGACUUGCUGGACUUCAGACUAUUAGCAAUAUGUACGUCAGCAAUAACGUGCGACACUGCUACGUGCUCAACCAACUCUCAACUGUGCAGUACUGGGAGCAAUUCACCCGGGGUAUUGUCAUCAUCUCCCCUGAACCCACGACCGAGACCUGCACCUUCCCUCGCGAGUGUGACACCACACUCAUCAGCCCUUGUCUCAAUAAUGGCACCUGUAUCGCCAUGGAAACAACCGGCUCAUAUAACUGUUCCUGUGCCAGUGGAUUUUUCGGUCAAGGUUGUCAAUAUUUUGAUGCUUGCUCGCUAACUCCAUGCGUUAAUGGUGGUAUCUGUCAAGUCGACAUUUUGAACAAAAACCAAUUCGUAUGCACUUGUCCCGAAGGAACCACUGGAGAGAUGUGCGAGGUAUUGAUUUCACCGUGUGCUUCCUCACCUUGUAUGAACUUGGGCACUUGCAUUGAACAAGAAGAUGGGUUUGUGUGUGCGUGUGAGGGAGGAUUUACCGGCCUUAACUGUGAAAUGGAUAUAGACGUUUGCAGAAACAAUACUUGUCUCAAUGGUGGAACAUGCAGCGAAGGAGAUGGUUUGGAUUUCAGUUGUGAGUGUCUGCCUGAGUUCUCCGGUGAAGUGUGUGAGACGCAAGUUAUCUUCUGUACUGAGAACUCUUGUGCAAAUGGCGGGGCAUGUAAUGAACUAACAAACGGUUUCAACUGCUCUUGUACUAUUGGCUAUACUGGAGAUAACUGUGAGAUUGACAUUAAUGAAUGUGACGUGGACUCAUGCAACAACAAUGCCACUUGUGUAAACCUCCCUGGAAGUUAUGCUUGUAUAUGCAAACCUGGAUUUACUGGCCGGAGCUGUAACGUUGUUAUCGAUUUCUGUGCCAACACAUCUUGUUCAGUGAAUGGAAAUUGUCGUUCUUUAUCUGAUGGAUUUGUAUGCGACUGCAAUGCUGGUUAUACCGGAGCGGCAUGUGAUGUAAAUAUCGACGAAUGCGAUCCUUCUCCAUGCUUGAAUAAUGCCAACUGUACUGAGGGUAUCAAUGUCUUCAUGUGUGUGUGUCAACCUGGAUUCACAGGUCAAUUCUGUCAAAUAAACAUUGAUGAUUGUACUAGUUCUCCGUGUGCAGAAGAUGCCACUUGUCGAGAUGAUAUAGACGAUUUUAUCUGCGAAUGCCCACCCGGUUUCUCUGGAAAAUUAUGCGAUAUUCAGACUGAUUUCUGCCUUGAUAACCCGUGCUUCAAUGGCAACUGCAGCAGCAUAGAGACAGUGUUUAUGUGUACCUGCCCUCCUGGAUGGACUGGUGAUCGAUGUCAGUAUGCACUCAGCGUGGCAGUCAAGCUAUCCUCGUGUGGUCUGUCCGGAGCUGCUGAUAUAUUAGCAGUGGAGGGACUAGCCGCUAAUAACCAACCUAUUGCUUUCAACGGCAACUCUGCUCCUGUAACUAGCAACUAUGAGAUUACCGAGAGCUACGAAGGCAUCUAUUGGUCAGGUUGGGUGUGGCAGGAUGGAGGCGUGGCUAUUCUGUUCUCUCUCAGUGAUGACAGCAUAUCGGCACAGCUAGAAUCCGAUAUCCCUAACCAGCAGCUGAUAUUUUACUACACAUCAGUGGACAAUUUUGAUGCUCCAGCAUCCGUGACAUUUAGCAACGUACCUCUGAAAUCCAACCAAUGGCAACACAUUACAAUCGCUAUAUUCAACAGUGCUCAGAUUUUCAUCGCAAUUGAUACAGAAUUCACCCAACGUGGAACUAUUACUCUACCCCUCGAAGGAACUUUUGAAUUUUUGAUUCCUCUCGAUUUCUCACUUGCACUCGGUACAAACGCUCCCCUCCUGCAAGACGUUGGUGCUCCAUUCUCGGGGAUAAUGAGAGGUGUGGCUUUAGCUGGUAUACGAGAACAGAACAGUUUCGACAUCACAAAUAUCGAGUCUUGCCUCCUAAAUUGUGUGGGUGAUCUAGGCCUCUGCUCCAAUGGACAGUGUAGGGAUCAGUUUGCGUUUGAUCGUCUUUGUGUCUGUACUGAUGGAUUUACUGGAUUGCAGUGCAACUACUUCCACACACGAUUCCAAGUGAGCGGAAGUGGUAGCAUACAAACCACCAGCACAAGUUCACUACAAGCCAUUGACUUCAAACCCAGCAAUGUUAAUGGACAAUUAGUUGCGAAAAACGAACAGAAAGCGAAUGUAACGGUCAGUGUGAAUAAUGGAUCUAUUGAGUACAACCGUAACUAUUGUGACUCCACUCAACAAAGUGUUACGGCUGGUAUCAUUACAUCCGACCUUCAAUGGCAUACUCUAAGCAUUACCGACAGUGUACAACUUGACUCUGCACAGUCAGUACCAUUACCUGAGCCCACACAGCCUGCCUGUAACGCUAGCAACAGCGGACGAGUUACCAUUGGUCAAUCGUUCCAAGGAUGUUUUAGAGACAUUGAGUUUGAUAAUAACCAACUAUUGGACUCCACCUCGGUUGAUCUCCAAGGAGACGCACUGUUCGGCUGCUCACACGAUACUGCACAUUUUUUCACUAUUUCCUACCUCCAAUUACCCGAAUUCAUAUCUCGUGAAUCGCAAACGAUUUCACUCGAGUUUAACACCCUUUCAGACAACGGUACUCUCUACUUCAGCAAUAGAGUGCCUAGCGAUGCUACCGGCAACACAACGAUUGAUUUUGUUGCUAUAACGAUAGAGUCUGGACGAGUUCGUUUCAGUUUCAAUUUAGGCGAGCAAGGAGCGGAAACGAUUGUUGAAAGCGCUGGUGCCUACAAUGAUGGACGUUGGCAUCGACUUCAGGCCGUGCAAAACAUGACAAUGGCUACUCUAACUGUGGAUGGUGAGACUGUGUCCGCCACGUCUACUGGAUCUCUAAACUUGCUCGAUACUACUGGUAGCGUGUAUGUAGGGGGAAGCCCCCAACAAGACGAUCGUUACCGUGGCUACAACGGCUGUGUUCGUGAUUUGGAGCAAAAUGGUGUAGCUACUGAUCUUCAAGAUAAUGUGGCGGUACAGAAUGUACGAUUUGGAACAUGCAACUAGUAACUGCUUAUACAAACUUUAACGAUUGUAGAUUAUUGAACAAUAAUUAUUGAACAAGCUUAGUGAUUUGUAGUACUGACUCAAGAUUAGAUAUUGUAUAUAUAACAUUUACUUUUCUUGGCAA